CCCUGUGCCCCCUGUGCCCCCCUGUGCCCCCCAGGUCUGAUCCGGGGUGCCCUGCCCUUCGGGCUGGCCCGUCGGGAGCUGGCGUGUGAGGGGUACCCGCUGGAGCUGCGCUGCCCCGGCAGCGACGUCGUCCUCGUGGCCGACGCCAACUACGGCCGCACCGACGACAAGAUCUGCGACGCCGACCCCGGGCAGAUGGCGAACGUGCAGUGCUACCUGCCCCAGGCACACCCCAUCAUGGCACAGAGGUGCAACAACCGCACCCAGUGUGUGGUGGUGGCCGGAUCCGACGCCUUCCCCGACCCCUGUCCCGGCACCUACAAGUACCUGGAGGUGCAGUACGACUGCGUGCCCUACAUAGAAGUGGAACAAAAAGGGCCCAACCCGAGCCCCCCCGGACCGCGGGGCCCCCCCGAGCCUCCUCUCUGCAGCCGCCGCCGGACUCCGGGACCACGCGCGACCCCCCCCCCCUUCCAGACCCCCCCCGCCCCCAAAACACGGGGGGUCCCCUCAACCCUCCCCCGAACCGGGGGGACCCCCCCAAACCAUCCCCCCCCCCCCCGUGUCUCCGUCGCGCUCGAUCGUCCCUGGCUGUGGGUCCGGGGGGGGUGGGAAGAGCCCCCCUAUUUAGGGACCCCCCCGAUUUAG